AUGCUUAUUUUGAUCGCUGGUAUUACCGGAUUCGUUGGCAUUCCGUGCGCCAGGUCCGCAUUUGCGCGUGGUCACAGGGUUCGAGGCCUAGCUCGGAAUAUCAACAAUCUCCCGAAGGAUGUGCGGGACCAGCUUGAAGGCUUUGAGACGAUGUCCAACCCCUACGACAUUGCUGCAAUGGAUCGGGCUACAAGCGGUGUUGACGCCAUUAUCUGUUCCUUUGCUGCCCUUCCCGAAAUGUUUAUGGAAUCGCAAAUGCUACUUAUCAGGGCAGCAGAGCGUGCGGGAGUGAAGAUUUUCCACGCCACCUCCUGGAACUACGACUGGACUCUUUCCCCUGGUUCACACGAAAUUUAUGACGACAUGCGGGGCUUUGCUCACCAUGUGGCUGUCAGCUCGACUAUUAAGCCCAUCUAUAUGUUCACCGGUGCAAUCGCAGAUUAUUACUUCAAGAGAAGCCGUUAUGACUGGGACCCAGAUACCAAGACCUUCAAUUUCCACGGGCCUUCAACCUUUCCCACUCGUUACACCACAGCGGAAGACAUUGGCAACUAUGUGCUUGAGGCUAUCACUGCUCCAGAUGCUGCUAACGGAGGCUUUGUCCGUGUUCAGAGCUUUGAAGCCUCCCCGGAAGACAUCGUCAAGGCAUACAAUGCGGCCAGAGAAGGUCGCAACGAUGCUAAGCUUAACUGCUUAGGAUCGUUAAAGGAUGCAGAGGCUAAGCUGAACGAGGGAAGGGCUACCUAUGGGAAGAGUGGAUGGUAUAACUUUAUAAGGUAUUGCUACCAGUAUCAUAUUCCAGCUCGAUCUUGGGAUUACGAGCCAGUGGAUGUUGCUCGCUUCCCGAAUGUCAAGCAAACUAGCCUGGAGGAUUUUUUCCGCCGCAACCCAGACGUGUAG